AUGGGUUGGCGUUCAACCCUCACAGUGCUGGCUGCGGCCCAGCUGGCGUCAGGAAAUGACUACCUCCUUCCCACGGACCUCAUGCCCACCCACUACGAUCUGAAGUUGGCAUAUGACGUGGAUCCGUCGACAAACUUCAGCUUCUUCGGCGUUGUGGAUAUUAUGCUGACAGUAAGGAAAUCAACGUCGAAAAUAGUCUUACACUCACAAGACUUCAAUAUAGUUAACAACGAUAUUAAACUGACUGGCCCGUCGUCUCUCACCGUUGAAGAUGUGAAACACAACGAUACGUACAACCUGCUCACACUUCAGCUUAGCGGGCAGUUGGAAAAGGACGGCAAUUAUUCCCUCGUGAUACCCUUCUACGGGAAUUUGAAGCCGGGAUUGGACGGAGUCUACGUCAGCAGUUAUGUGCAUAAGACCACUAAACAGAAAGAAUACCUGGUCACCACUCAAUUCGAAGCGAUAUCAGCUCGCAAGGGUUUCCCCUGCUUCGAUGAACCCAUGUACAAAGCCACCUUCAAGAUCACCCUGGCUCAUGAGAAGGGCUACACGGCUGUGUCCAAUAUGCCGCAGAUUUCCUCCAUGGGCGACAAUAAUCCGAUGGAGCCUUAUUGGAAGCAGGAUAAAAUGGCAAGUUCGUUCAGAAAACCAAUGUCCAAUUUCGUAUGGGACGAGUUCCAGAACUCUGUCCCCAUGUCGACAUACCUGGUUGCGUUCGUCGUCUCCAAAUUUCAGUAUGUGGAGAGUCCUUCGGGGCUAUCCCACAUCAAGUUCAGGAUUAUGGCUAGAAGUGACGCCAUUGACCAGACCACAUACGCUGCCAGCAUCGGACCAAAAGUCCUCACGUACUUUGAGGAAUGGUUCAACGUCUCCUACCCACUGCCCAAACAAGACAUGGUCGCCAUCCCGGAUUUCUCCGCCGGGGCCAUGGAGAACUGGGGGCUAAUCACGUAUAGGGAAACAGCGUUGUUGUACGAUAAGAAGCAGUCGUCUUUCACUAAUAAGGAGAGGAUUGCUGAGGUCAUAGCCCACGAGCUGGCCCACCAAUGGUUCGGCAAUCUGGUAACCAUGAAGUGGUGGUCUGACCUCUGGUUGAACGAAGGUUUCGCCACUUUCAUGGCGUCUGUGGCGGUGUCAGCGGUGGAACCCUCGUGGCGAGCGGACAGGCAGUACGCGGUGGACAAUAUCAUGUCCGUGCUCAAUUUGGACGCAUUGGAGUCUAGCCAUCCUGUGUCAGUGCCCAUUGACGACCCGAAACGCAUCGGCGAGAUCUUCGACGAGAUCUCGUACAAGAAGGGCUCCACUCUCAUCAGGAUGAUGACCAUGUUCCUGGGGGAGAACGUCUUCAGGAAGGCCCUUCACAACUACCUAACGAAGUACUCAUACUCCAACGCGGAACAAGACGACUUGUGGUCAGAGCUGACCACGGCCAUCCAGGCCGCCGGCGGUCUCUCCCGCAACGUGACGGUCAAGGAGGUCAUGGACACGUGGACCACGCAGACCGGAUAUCCUUUACUGACCGUCGAGAGAAAUUACGAGGAAAACGCCUUGACUAUCACACAGAAACGCUACCUAUCCAGCGGGCAUAUGGCGCAAUCGGCGUCCUGGUGGGUACCCCUCAGGGUCCUCUGCGAGGGGGAGGUCGGCCAGGAAAGGUCUUUGGAGUGGCUCGCUGCAGACGAGGGAGUCUCCGCGCGACACCAGUUUGAACACGGGGCAAAUCCUAACCAAUGGGUUCUGUUCAAUCCAGAUAUGGUUGGUCUGUACCGCGUGAACUACGACCGUCGCAAUUGGCUGCUGCUGGGCAAGACCUUGGCGAGCGGCAACUACGCGGCCAUCCCCGUGAUGGGUCGGGUACAACUCCUGUCUGAUGCCUUCGAGCUGGCGUGGAGCAAUUACCUGGAUUAUAACACUACCCUGCAGAUAGCAAGGUACCUGCGUCGGGAGAAAGAGUAUCUGCCGCUGACCACAGGUCUCCGUGCCCUCGGUAAGAUCGAGAACGUUCUGCGAAGGACCCCGGACUACGGAGCCUUCCAGAAAUUCGGGAGGAAGCUGAUCAGUGACACUUACGCCAAGGUCGGCGGGCUGGCGACGAAGAGUAUACUGAACGAGGAUAACCUAAUCAGCGUUAAGAUGCAGACCCUGACCAGCAGCUGGGCCUGCAGAAUGAAGGUCCCUGGGUGCGAGGAGAAUGCGAUAGAGAUGUUCCAAGAAUGGAUGGAGACCGACAACCCUGAUGAGAACAACCCGAUCCCCCUGGACCUCCGCCGGACCGUGUACUGCGUGGCGAUCUCCCGCGGCAGCGUGGUGCACUGGCGCUUCGCCCUUGCGCGGGCGCAGCGCGCCAACGUGGCCACGGCGCGGGACGCCCUGCUCUCCGCCCUCACCUGCACCAGGGAGGUCUGGAUAUUGGCACAGUACCUGGAAUGGGCGAUAACAGACGGCUCUGUGGUGCGGAAGCAGGACGCGGGAAUGGUGAUCUCCGGCGUCGCCAAAUCCAACGUCGGCUUCUACGUCGCCCGGGACUUCGUGUACACCAGGAUCGAUGAUAUACACAGAGCGUUCAAGGGUCAGACCCGGCGGCUGGGCGGCAUAGUCAAGGUGAUCCUGGACCAGAUCAAGACUGAGAGGGAACUGGAUGAGUUUCUAAAAUGGCGCGAAGAGAACGCCAAAUAUUUGGAGGACGUCAAACUGACGGUGGAACAGGCCAUAGAGCGCGCGCGCGUCAACAUCGAGUGGCUGAAGAAGAACGGGCGGACGGUCGUGGACAAGAUGAGGGAACUGACCAAGUAAACGCAUAUAAAGUUGUUGCUUGUUUGUUUAUAAUAUCUUUAUUGCAUAGAAAUUUACACAGUAACAAGAAUAUAGUUAGUACAUAGUUAUAAAAGAAACAAAUCACUUGCAAUGGCGGACGUAUCCCAUGAAGGGAUCUCUUCCAAUCAAAAAGCAAAAGUUGUUGCUAAUUGUGUGUAGUAGAUUACGUUAAACUUGAUUUAUUUUUUGUGAGACAUAAUGUAAAAAGAAAUAAUAAUAAUGAAAAAUGGCUGACGGGUUGGUUGGUUCAAAAUUAAAUUCAGAAUGUUUGUAAAUUGUAAGCACGUUUAGGAAGGAGUUAAGAAAUAUUUUUUGUUCUUUUGCCUACUUUUAUUUUUUAUUUAAAACUUUAUUGCACAAACAAAAAUGUACAAAAGGCGGAAUUGAUGCCGUUUGGCAUUCGCUACCUAAGUUAUAUGAGGUAAAUCACACCGAAAAUUACUUUCUUAUUCAUUUAUUAUACUUUUAAAAAUAAAAAUACAUCUUUUUAAGAAAAAAGGAACUAAUUUGCAGUUAAUUUAAAACACAUUUUUUUAAUCACAUAUUAAGGGUUUAAAAUAUUUUCAUCCCUUUUCUUGAAUUACAUCUUGUCUCACUAUAAAUAAAUUUCUUAUUCGGUAUACCAUAAUAAUUAUAGUAAGCUUUUUAAUUGCUGCGUCUUCUGUGUUUAGCUAGACAGUAUCACAAAAUAUGCUCCCAUAGACAAUAGAAUAGAAGUAGCAAUAUAUAAGUAGUUUUAGUUAGCAAAACACCGGCUAUAUGUAAUGCACAUCUUAAGACUGAAAGAAUGAUUGAUAAUUAUUUUUUGACUUGAAACAUACUUCCUUUUAAAUUUCUGUCACAAAAAGCGAGAAGAUUUAUUUGAUAAGCGCCCGUUCAUUUACAUAUUGUGUUGAAUUUCUGAUGUUUUUUUUAAUCAUUGUAAUAUUUCUAUUUUUUUAAACCUUUAACGAUUAUCGAUAUUAUUAAGCAUUGCUCAAUCUGUCUCAAAAUAUGAUUCUUUUA